UUCUGGGUACGCGGUGGGGUUGGAGCUAUGGAUUCAAUUCCUGUGAGGGCCACGAUACCUUCUUCUUCAGUUUGUAACAGUCAUGGUUUCCAAUAUCAAAGGAACACAAUUAUACGACUCUCACCCUCACCUAUGCAUCCAACAAGAAGAGUGGUUCCCAACCAAAACAAUCAUUUACGCUCUGCUAUUCGAAACAAACUAUCUGAUACUGAUUUUCAAGAUUUUCAGAGCUAUGCGAGGCCUUCACGUCUUUUGUCAGCCUCUGAAGUGAAAGUGUACACAAAUACAUCAAUAGAAAAUAUUUUACUAUCUCUGAAGGAGGAUAGAUCCAAAUCUUUAUUUAGGGUCAAGUUAGGUACCAGCAACUUAUAUGGCUCAAGUAUAAGGGACUUCAAUGCUGGAAUUCUCCUAUGCUUGAUAGAUGAAGAUAGAAAUUCCAUAUUGCAGAGGAUACCCGCGAGUUUGAUGAUGGAUGAUUCUACAGAAUCAGGGGAUAUAACUAAUUUUGACAUGCUUCAUUUCCAAAGAGGUUCUGUUGAUGAAUUCAUCUUUGAGGGUCCUAAAGUUGCAAGGCUCGAGGCUCUUUGGAUCAGUGUUGAAUCAGGUCAGUGGCGCCUAGGAAGUGUCUCCUUAAUGGAUGUUAGUUGUGAAUGGCAACCAUCAUUGCCAGAAGAUGGGGUGCCACGGUACACGGGUUUCCAGUAUGAUUUUCAAAUUGACAAUGUAUUGCUUGGUGAGGGAAGUGAUCUAUCCAUGUUGGAAUUAAGACCUAGCCUUGUGACUGAGCUGGAGGGGAUUGAUCCCAUAAGCUUCUUCAACAAAGGACUUUAUGACCAUACCUUGCUCUUAAGUCCUAAUAUCUCAAAUGAAGAGAGUAUGAGGGACUAUGCAGAUUUGAAGUUCUCAUUGCUAUUUUAUGAUGCUAUGUUGACAUUUUUUGGUACAUCAGUUGCUUACCUGUCAGCUGGGGAAAAUGCUGGCUUUGCUUUCUUGAUUGGUGGGAUUGGAGGCUUCUUGUAUCUUCUACUGUUGCAAAGAUCUGUGGACGGAUUGCCAGCUUCAGAAUUAAUUACCAGUAACAAGGGAGGAACUAAUGCAUUGUUCCGAGGGUUCAAGGGCCCAAUAGCGAGCGUGGCAUUGGCUAUAGGCUUUGCUGUUUUUGCAGCCAGGUAUAGCUCAGGAGAUCUUCAAGAGAUGCUAACACCAAAAGAUCUCAUAGUUGGAAUGAUGGGGUUUCUUGCAUGUAAGGUGUCAGUGGUGUUGGCUGCAUUUAAACCUAUAACACCAGGUCCAAAGUUACCAAGUGAUAUGUAAUACUAUACUUCACCUUUUUUUUUUUUUGGAUAAGGAAUAUUAUACCUAACUUUGCUGCUUGUGAAGUGAUUUAAUCAAUUCAAUCAAAAUAUA